UUCGACACGAGAAACCUUACAAAGACGAAUACCAAAAAUCUGUACUGCAAAUAAACAACUAAUACAAAUCUGUAUACUUUCCCACAAAGAGCACAACAUAAGAAGAAAGGCGUUGUAGGAAUCUGUCCUCAACCAAUUCAAUCGUUUCCCCUCUCAGGAAUCUCUCACAUCCCUCCAAUUUCACAGAAACCCUAAAUCCCCAGUCGUUUCAUUGAUGGUUAGUACUGUUGAAUUGAAGAUUGUGCUGUUAGGAGGAAAUUGCCGAUUGUAAAUGCAUGUCGCGGCGGAUCUUAACUGGUUCCUGCAAUUCAUAGUGGUCGCUUUCGCGGGGGCUUUUGGGCUGCUUUAUUUGGUCCGAAACACUGCGUCUAGGUACUUUGUCGUCGACUCCAGUUUCGAUUCCUCCGCCGCCGAUUAUUCUUCUUUGGAUCGCAGGAAAAGAGAGAAUAUGGCGGAGGCCGGCGUUGGCGCCGCCGAGGGGUUUGAUUCCUGCGCCGUCUGUGGCCUUCUCACGAAGAAACAGUGUGCCCGUUGCAAGAUGGUUAAGUACUGCUCUGAAGCUUGUCAAAAAUCUCACUGGCAUUCUGAGCAUAAGACACAAUGCAACGAGUUGCAAUCAUUUUACAGAACUAAUCAUACAAAAUCAGCAUCCGCUUUGAGGGGAAGGAAAGCUUCUGUAGUUCCUGUGGGUGGACGCUCAAAGAUCCACAAACAAGCAAACAAAAUACUUUUCCCCUAUGAGGAAUUUGUAAAAUUUUUCAACUGGGACAAGCCAGGUUAUCAUCCUUGUGGGCUUAUAAACUGUGGAAACAGCUGCUUUGCUAAUGUGGUUCUUCAAUGUCUUGCGUACACUCGGCCUCUUGUUGCCUACUUAUUGGAGAAAGGCCAUCGGAUAGAAUGUCAAAGGGAUGACUGGUGCUUCCUGUGUGAAUUUCAAACGCAUGUGGAAAGGGCUAGCCGAAGUAUUCAUCCAUUUUCUCCCAUCAACAUUCUUUCAAGAUUGCCUAAUAUUGGCGGUAAUCUUGGGUAUGGGAAACAGGAGGACGCACACGAGUUUAUGAGGUUUUCCAUUGACACAAUGCAGUCUGUGUGCCUUGAUGAAUUUGGUGGAGAAAGGGCUGUUCAUCCUAGCUAUCAAGAGACAACCCUUAUUCAACAUAUAUUUGGCGGCCGUCUUCAAUCUAAGGUCAUAUGUGCAGAAUGCAAUAAUGUCUCAAAUCAAUUUGAGAAUAUGAUGGAUUUAACUGUUGAAAUUCAUGGGGAUGCUGGAUCUUUGGAGGAGUGUUUGGAUCAGUUCACUGCCAAAGAGUGGCUUCAUGGGGAUAAUAUGUAUAAAUGUGAUGGUUGCAAUGCUUAUGUCAUGGCAUGGAAGCGCCUUACUGUCCAGCGGGCGCCGAACAUUCUUACAAUUGCUUUGAAAAGAUUUCAGAGUGGAAGAUUUGGGAAACUUAACAAGAGGGUGACUUUUCCGGAGACAUUGGAUCUUGGUCCAUACAUGAGUGAAGUAGAAGAUGGAAAUGUUUUCAAACUAUAUGCUGUUAUCGUCCAUGUUGACAUGCUGAAUGCAUCAUUUUUUGGCCACUACAUCUGCUAUGUUAAGGACUUCCGUGGAAAGUGGUAUAGGAUUGAUGAUUGUAAGGUUGCUAGCGUUGAUUUGGAUGAGGUGCUUUCGCAGGGAGCUUAUAUGCUUUUAUAUAGCAGGAUUCAUGCUCGCCCGUCGAGCUUACUUCCUACUGAGUUGUUAAGCAAAGAAGAAAGUGAAAACGUGAGGAAAAAUGAAGAUCUGUCCUUGAAAGGACAUGCUGAAUGCUCGUCUCAUGGAGUAUGCAUUGGUGUUCCUAUUGAUUCUGGGCAAUCUGUAUCUGCUAAUUGUCCAGGAUUUAAGGUCAAUCGUGAGGAAGAGUUAUCAUUCGCUACAGAUAUAGAAGUUGCAAGUGAAGAUACAAAACUGGAUUCUUCUGACAUGAGUUCGCCCAUUGUUGAGGAUGUUGAACUUCACAACAGUGAGGGAUUGCCUAUUUCAUUAAAAGAAGCGGUUUCGCUUGUGAAACAUGUUAACGAGCCAAAUCCUGCCGAUACUUCCUUGAUUAAUAGAACGCCUCCUCAAUUAGAUGGCCACAAUUUCAGACCAUCUUCCAUUUCUGAUGUUGAAAAUGCAAGUUGUGCGAGCAAAAUCAAUGUUAAUGUAGCUUCGUCUAGAAAGCUGACUGAAGAAUCUACUGUCGCUGAAAACUGUACCUCUGAGGAAGGAAACUGCACUCGCGAUCUUUCUACCAUGGCUGCCACUGCUAAGGUCCGAGAUGGAAUUAACUCUGCUAAUUCUACAUCUAUGCCUGAAGGCAUCAGGUGGAAAAAUGGAUUCGCCUCAGAUAACAUUCAAGGUGCUGCUAAGAAAUCAGAUGGGGAAAGUAAUGCAGCAAAGUUUAAGCCAAUUUUUGCUCCUGGUUUCCUUGGCAAACAUCCACGAAAGGAAGAAAAAGUAUCCGCAGAAGUCAUUGACCAGAGAUCUAAUUGCCACCUGAAUAAUCAUACAAAUGGAGUUGCAAAGUCUCGUUCAUUGUGCGAAAAUGGUGGCCUGGAUGAAAAGCCUGAAAACGUGCAUGAGAAUGGAAAGGCUUCGAUGUUAUCUUAUGUGUCUAAGAGCCCUGAAAAUGGAGACUCACAAGUGAUCAAAAUGUAAUGAGAGGCUGCAGUUAAAAAAGGGCAAACCCUAUCUUGAUAACGAGUCUGAUGGAUAGCUGGAGGUAGAAACUUAAAAUGUCUUGAGAAGAUAAAUUUAUCUUGAUGGAUGUCAACGAACUUUCACCUGUAUGUGAAGUUCUAACUUGCUGAAUUAGAUACUUGGGCAGAAGAUUGGAAUCUUCAAAUGGAAAUGUUUUAGGGUAGUUCUUAGCAAUGUUGGGAAUUAGUACUCAUCAUUAGUGGCAGGAUCAUGAGAGAGUGAAUUGGAUUCUUCUAUAUUGUUGGGCAGAAUCCGAGAAGCAGUCAUAUUUCAGGAUGGAGAUUCAACCCCGGAAGUCUUACAAAUAACUGAAUGACUGCUGAUAAUCAAUUCUUAAGAGCAAUUUCUUCUGUUCAUAGCAUUCAAUGGUCCCAUCCCCACAACUGGAGCGCUGGGAAAUUUGUCCAAGGUUUCAUUAUUUACAGAAGCCUUGGAUUCUCUUGUAUCUCUAUAAUUCAACUUCUCGACUGAAAUGGGAAUGCCCUUUUGCCAAGCACAUCUUACUUAGGCUUAAUUGCAUUUUUACGGUUGUGAUUAUUAUUUGACACUUCGGUCUCCUAUAUUUUAGGGUUGUAAAAUGGUCCUUUAACUUUUUUAAUUUCGCGAUUUUAGGACAAAGUUCGCCAGAAUUCUCGAAGUUGGCUGGAAUUAUGAUGUCACUUUCCGGCUAAUUUUGAAAAUUCCGGCUAGUUUUGUCCUAAAAUCACAAAAUUUAAAAAGGUGAAGAACUAUUUUAAACCCUAUUAAGUUACAGGACCAAAGUGGUAAAUGACCGUGACUUAAAAUGUAACUAAACCCUUUACUUAUUGGAGCAGGGUUUUAGUUGAACUUUUA